CACUGGCAGCACUGAUGGACACUGAGAUAGGCAGCACUGAUAGGUGGCACUGAUUGGCAUUGAUAGGUGGCACUGACUGUCAUUGAUGGGUGACACUGAAAGGCAGCUUAGAUGGGCACUGAUAUGUGGCAUUGAUGUGCACUGAUAUGUGGCUUUGAUGUGGCAUGGAUGGGUACUGGCAGGUCACAUGGAUGAGCACUCAGAGCUGGCACUGAUGGACACUGACAGGUGGCACUGCUGGGGCUACACAGAUCAUCAGGGCACACUGAUCUAUGGUAUAAAUCUGAAUAUUGAUCAAUCCUGAAGUACUGACAG